AUGUUACCCCCGUCACCCCUGAGAGAGAAACGGAAAGCCAGGAGAUCGAAAAGGUUUGCCCCUGGAAGAGGAAAAGGAAAGCCAGGAGACCCGAAUGGGUUACCCCCGAACACCGGAAGAGGAAAAACGGUAGGGCCUGGAACUCGAGCUGAUUCAAACGGAAAACUUGGAAAACCCAGGUUGCCCCUUGAAAAGGGAACGGGAAGCCAGGUGACCCCAAACAGGUUCCCCGGAAAGAGGGAAACGGGAGACCCAAGAGGUGGCCCCCGUUCACCCCUUAAAGAGGAAGGAAAAGCCAGGAAUCCCAGGUGCCCGAUGAAAAGGAAACGGAAAGCCAGGACACCCACGUUGCCCCUGAAGAGGAAAGACAAGCCAGGAGACCCGAAUGGUUACCCCCGCACCCCUGAAGAGGAACGGAAAGCAAGGAGAUCGAAAAGGUUGACCACCCGACAGAGGAAAAGAAAAGGCCAGGAGAUCAAAAAGUUGGCCCCUGUCACCCGGAAGAAGAGAGAAACGGAAAGCCAGGAGGAAAUCGAAAGAGAAAGUAGGUUCGCCCUGAAGAGGAACAAAGAAAGCCAGGAGAUCGAACAGGUUGCCCCUGAAGGAGGCAAAAAGAAAGGCCAGGAGAUCGAACAGGUUGCCCCUGAGAGGAAAAAGAAAGCCAGGAGAUCGAACACCAGGAACCAGGUUGCCCCUGAAAAGGAACGGAAAGCAGGAAGUCCGAGUGGUGCCCCCGUCCAUAUUCGCCCGAAGAUAGUGAGACCCCCAAGUCUAAUUGAAGAGAAUGAAGGCGCCAUGUCACAGUGGACUUUUCAAAGGCCGAAUGAGAACACAUGA